AUGAAUACUGACACCUGCGCACAGAAGCUCCGACACGUCAACUUCCCCCUCGUCACCUCAGUACCCGUGGAACUGGGUUCCUUGACACCAAAGGAGGGCGAGUACGACGACCGAAUUCCGGUUAUUGAAGCGAUUGGAGUCGAGAAGGCAAUCUAUCGAAGAUUAGGUAGCCACGACGGUAUUGUCCGCUGCUACGAUCUCGAGACAUCCGACCCUUCGAUCCGAAUGGAGCGGAUGAGCGGUGAUCUUCGUCAUUUUCUGAAGGAACAGGAACCACAACUACCGCGCGGGAUUCUGUUGUCCUGGUUUGUCCAACUAGCGCACACAAUGGCCUAUAUCCACGGACACCGGAUUAUCAUUGCAGAUAUUCGAUUGGACAAUCUCCUCCUCAACGACACUCUAGAUGUGAAGUUUUGCGACUUUGGAGAAUCAACCUUGAUGCCGCUCGAAUGGGACCUAUCUGGGACUGACGAGCUUGGUUAUUCAAUCUUGAAUGACAUUGGCCAAUUUGGUGCGGUAAUGUACCAAGUGAUUACUGGACGUGAGUGCAAAUUCGACCUGACACGGAAGGGAUCCGACAGUUGGUAUUCAGGGCCACGACGAGAUGACCUCCCGUCCACCGAAUCCGUCUGGCUAGGCCAUAUCAUUGAGAACUGUUGGACUUUGGGGUUUCAGUCCUCCGAGGAACUCGCCGCAGCGCUGGACCGGGCACCACUUUCCUGA